AUGGAGAUUGAGCUGCCGCUGCCGUUCCUCGUCAGCGUCGCCGUCCCGCCGGGACUGGCCAAUCUCGAGGGCCUCACCCGCGAGGAGGUCUCGAUCCUCGGCUGCCCCUUUCUCGACGCCAAGCCGCAGCUGCUCGAAAAGUUUGCCAAUUUCUUCAACCGCCACAGCACCGAGUUCCAAGCCCACCUCGACGCCACAGCUCUGGAGCACGACGACGUGCUGGGCUUCCUCGACCGAGGUGCCAGACGCGUCUUUGUCACCCCUGAAUCGCUGCCGCAAUACACUGAGCUGGGCGACCGAGUGCUUCCCGUCGUGUCCACCCCGGAUCUGUCCGCCGCCUCGGAGCACGGUCUGCUCAUCCGCGACUUUGACCCCAAGAGCUGGGACGUUGCCAAGUUCAUUGCCGAUGCGCAGGCCACCAAGACCAAGGUCCUCUACAUUAAGCCUGCCGAGGGCGUCUCGCUCCAAGAAUUCAUCGAAAUCGCCAAGAAGAGCAACGCCGUCCCCAUCCUUUCCUCGAAUGGCCUGACUACCGAUAAGGCUGAUACCAGCAAGCUGCUUCUUUCCAAGGUCCUUUCUAGCCAAUGGAAGUCGGACCGCCCCGACGGACUCGUCCCUACCGUCGUUACUGACGAGACUGGUAUUUCUCUUGGUCUUGCUUACACCAGCGAGGAGAGCAUCCUCGAGGCUCUGCGCACGCAGACUGGCGUCUACCAGAGCAGGAAACGGGGUCUUUGGAUCAAGGGAGCAACUUCGGGCGACACGCAGGAGCUCGUCCGCAUUGCUCUCGACUGCGACAACGAUACUCUGAAGUUUGCUGUCAAACAAAAGGGCCGCUUUUGCCACCUUCAGCAGUUUGGCUGCUUCGGAAACCUCAGCGGCAUCGCGGCCCUCGAGCAGACUCUCGUCUCCCGCAAAGAGUCUGCGCCCGAGGGCUCUUAUACCGCCCGCCUGUUCUCCGAUGAGAAGCUGCUGCGGGCCAAGAUUAUGGAAGAGGCCGAAGAGCUCUGCGACGCCAAAACACAGGAGGAGGUUGCCUUUGAGGCUGCCGAUUUGAUAUACUUUGCCCUAACCAAGGCUGUCAGCGCCGGUGUGAGCCUGGCUGAUGUUCAGGCCAACCUGGAUGCCAAGAGCCUCAAGGUCAAGAGACGUCCUGGCAACGCCAAGGGCAAGUGGGCUGAGAAGGAGGGCAUCUCGGCUCCCGCUGCAGCUGCUCCCGCAAAAGCUCCCGCCGCCCCGGAAACCGCUCCCGCCAGCGACCGCAUCCUCAUGCAGCGUGUGGACUCUGCUUCCAUUUCUGAAUCGGACCUGCAACGGACUCUUCAGCGCCCGUCGCAAAAGUCUCCGGAUGCUAUUCUGAAGAUUGUUGUCCCCAUCAUUGAAGAUGUCCGCAAAGGCGGCGACAAGGCUCUCCUCUCUUACACACACAAGUUCGAAAAGGCUACUUCCCUCACAUCUCCCGUUCUCAAGGCCCCAUUUCCUGCUGAGCUCAUGAAGCUCUCCCCCGAGACCAUCAAGGCUAUCGACACGUCUUAUGAGAACAUUCGCAAAUUCCACGCCGCUCAGGCCGAGGACAAGCCCCUCAGCGUCGAGACCAUGCCUGGCGUCAUCUGCGGUCGUUUCUCGCGUCCCAUUGAGCGCGUAGGUCUGUAUGUUCCUGGCGGCACUGCCGUUCUACCUAGCACUGCUCUCAUGCUCGGCGUUCCCGCCAUGGUUGCCGGCUGCGAAAAGAUUGUGCUUGCUUCUCCUCCUCGUUCUGACGGCAGCAUCUCUCCUGAGAUUGUAUACAUUGCCCAAAAGGUCGGUGCCGAGAGCAUCGUCCUCGCCGGCGGCGCCCAGGCCGUUGCCGCCAUGGCCUACGGCACCGAAAGCGUCAGCAAGGUGGACAAGAUUCUCGGUCCAGGCAACCAGUUUGUCACUGCUGCCAAGAUGCACGUCAGCAACGACACCAACGCUGGCGUCAGCAUCGACAUGCCCGCCGGCCCCUCGGAGGUGCUCGUUGUUGCCGACAAAGACGCUAACCCGGCCUUUGUCGCCUCCGACCUCCUCUCGCAGGCCGAGCACGGUGUCGACAGCCAAGUCAUCCUGCUCACCGUCGAUCUCUCCGAGGCACAGCUCCAGGCCAUCGAGGACGAGGUGCACAACCAGGCCAUGGCUCUGCCGCGCGUCGACAUUGUGCGCGGCGCCAUCAAGCACUCGGUGACUGUCACUGUCAAGACGAUUGAGGACGCCAUGCGCAUCAGCAACGACUAUGCCCCCGAGCACUUGAUCCUGCAGGUCAAGGAUGCCGCCAAGGUUGUCGACAUGGUCGUCAACGCCGGCAGCGUCUUUAUCGGCGAGUGGACCCCCGAGAGCGUGGGUGACUACUCUGCUGGUGUUAACCACUCACUGCCUACCUAUGGCUACGCUAAGCAGUACUCGGGCGUCAAUCUCGCCUCCUUCAUGAAGCACAUUACCUGCUCCAACCUCACCAGCGAGGGUCUCCGCAACGUCGGCUCGGCCGUCAUGCAGCUCGCUGGCGUCGAGGAGCUCCACGCCCACAAGAGAGCCGUCGAGAUUCGUCUCAAGUGGCUGAAUGAGCACAAGCAGUGA